GGACGCUUUACCGCCAUCUGCGCGAUAAAUUAGGCGAAGCUUCGCAAUUGCUUCUGUGGGACGUAGGAUCUUCGGUGAUGAGCCGAGCCCCAGACAUCCGCUCGGCCCUUUACACGCGGUGGCGUCCGCCGUCUUUUUCAGAGACCAAUGGACAAGCCGAAUACGAACAAUCGUACCCGAAGCCAGACCAGACAAAGGAUACCUUACGGCACUGCAUGUGGCUUGCAUAAGCCCCGUGACACCCCCGGUGUCAUAUAGUAACGGAUCCUGACGUGCCCGCUUGUCUCCGACAUCGACGUAUGCACUCCAUGUAGCCAGCGUUUCACCUACGGUUCGUUCCACUCGUUUGGACACACUGCGUCGUCUGUCGCAAUGGCGAUGGAUCCGCUCUCAUCGAUAUCCUUGUGGGUGUGCCUCCUGCUAUCGGUCGCGCUGGUCGUCCUCCGGAUCAGCUUCCGGCUGUGGAGGAAGCAGCGCCUUAUACGUGGUGACUACUGGUGCUUGUUGGCUGCGUUAUUCACGGUUGCGCGACUAGUCGCCAAUUACUAUCUGCUGGUCUAUGGCUCCACAAGGAUACUCCCAGCAGAGCGCCGUCUGCAGCUACUUGAACCUGGACACGAGCAAUCAGCAUCUGAGAUCGUCAUAGGAAGCAAACUGGUCUUGGCGACAAGGACUAUGUUGACGUGCUUGCUGUGGUGUUUGAAGAUGGCCGUGUUCGACUUAUUGGCAAGGAUCAUAUCAAAGAUGCCAUAUGAGCGAACUAUCGUAUACGGCUUCUGGACCGUAUUACUCUCUACCCUCGUCGCUUCUGUAAUCACUGUCUUUGUCGGUUGUCGUCCGUUCGAGCGACACUGGCAGAUCUACCCCGAUCCUGGAGAUUGCGUUGUUGGAAACAUCUGGCUUUUCACGUAUGAAGUCAGCAACAUUGUGACCGACCUGAUGCUUAUGGCUUUAUCAUUCACGCUCAUCUGCUCAGUUACAGUUCCGAUUACCCAGCGACUCCGUGUCAUGGCGCUCUUCAGCAUUGGUAUUCUCCUCGUCGCGAUCAGCAUCAUCCGCAUCAUCCAGGGGAGAAACUCGCGAGUCCAACGAGGACACACGUUAUGGGCGUCACUCGAGAUUCUACUUGCUGCAGUGGUUGCCGUGACACCAACGAUAUACGCGCUCGCGCACAGUCGCCACGAAGACAGCUUGCGCAAGAGAACGCAUCUGUCAGAAUAUCCAAGAGGCCGCACGUUUUCCGAAGGCACAAUACCAAACGAUAAAAACGACGGCAGUCUAUGGACUGAGCUGCACGGCGAAGCUUCAAAUCGGCUAGAUAACGCAAGCUCACAAAGAGCGCUGAUGGGGAUGCGGCAUCAGUCGCUGGACGCAAGAUAGUAGGACGUUUACGAUCGU